AUGGAACUCAACCGAGAACAUUUUCGCGCCAUAAUUUAUUACAACUUUCAGAGACAAUUAUCGCAACAAGAAUGCCUUGCUGAGUUACUGUCUGUUUUCGGCAACGAAGCGCCGCAUCAGUUGACAAUUUUACGUUGGUAUGGCGAAUUCAAACGUGGACGGGUGAGUGUUAGCGACGAUUCCAGGGUGGGAGUAAGAAAUUUAGUUUCUCGUUGGAUACCCCACCUGUUGACUGAAGAGCAGAAAGCAGCCAGGGUUAAUUGGUGUCAAAAAACGCUUUUCCGUUUCAAUUCCGGAAACUCAAAAAUGUGUGAAGAAAAGUUAGCAAAAGUCACUCGUUCUCGAAGUGUUUCGAAAAAAAUGGUCGCGCCAUUUGUAUCAAAAGCGGGUCAUAUUGCAACAAUUCCUCUUAAUGAGCAAAGAAUUGUUACUGCGAAUUGGUAUACCACCAUUUGUUUGCCAAAAGUCAUCACCGAGCUUCGAAAAAUCAACCCCGAAAGAAGAAUCAUCCUCCACCAAGACAAUGCAAGCUCGCACACAGCCCAAAAAACAAGGCAGUAUUUAACGGAAGAAAACGUGGAAUUAUUGGACCAUCCUCCAUAUAUUCCCGAUCUAAGUCCUUACGAUUUCUUUACUUUCCCGAAAAUUAAAAACAGACUGCGUGGUCAAAGGUUCCAGUCACCAGAAGAAGCAGUUGACGCAUUCAAAAAUGCCGUUUUGGAUCUGCCAGCAAACGAGUGGAAUAAGUGCUUCGAAAAUUGA